AUGUUCGCCGCAAUUUGCAGCCCUGAGCUAGAGGCUGAUACCGCAGACCUCUUUGCACUAGUGAACGGAUCGGACUCGGGGGGUACCCCGAGGCUUCUUCCAUAUGAUGAACAUGCGUGGUAUUCUCUGUUCUACCGUUCUCACCCUUCGAUGGAGAGUGUUUACGAAUACCUGCACAGUACUGGGUAUGGUGGGGAUGCAAAGAAGGAUGUGUAA